UUUUUUCCCUGCUCAUGUUUCGAACUGCAGAGAAAAUGGCGACGAAGAGCAUUCUUGCGGCUCUAGUUCUACUGAGCAUUCUUGGAACUUCGGCAGCCAAGCCAUGGGGAUUGAAGCUCGAUUACUACCGGUCCAAGUGUCCUGACGCAGAAGCCGUUGUCCAAAGAGUGACGUACCAAUACGUUUCCCGACAGCCAAGUCUUGCUGCUGGGCUUCUCAGGAUGCAUUUCCAUGACUGUUUUGUCAGAGGAUGCGACGGUUCUGUUCUUCUGAAAUCUCCAAAUAAAGACGCGGAGAGAGAUGCUAUUCCGAAUCUGUCCCUGAGAGGCUAUGAAGUGGUAGACGCCGCCAAGUCAGCGCUCGAAAAGAAGUGUCCGGGUGUCGUUUCUUGCGCUGACGUUAUUGCUUUGGUUGCCAGAGACGCUGUCUCGGUGAUCAGAGGACCGUACUGGCCGGUUCCAUUGGGUCGGAGAGAUGGGCGUGUCUCUAAGGCAUUAGAGGUUUUCACCAAUUUACCGUCUCCAUUCGCUAACAUAGCCGUUCUUAAGCAGAAUUUUUUGGCAAAGGGUCUCAACGUUAAAGACCUCGUCGUCCUCUCAGGAGGUCACACCAUUGGGAUCUCCCACUGCAGCAUCAUCCACAAUCGUCUCUACAACUUCACGGGAAAAGGCGACUUUGAUCCUUCCAUGAACCCUAGCUAUGUCAGGACAUUGAAAAAACGGUGCAAUCCCAACGAUUUCGCGACAAUAGUGGACAUGGACCCAGGCAGUGUCAAGAACUUCGACUCUCACUAUUUCAACGUCGUGGCUCAGAAGAAAGGUCUGUUCACGUCUGACGCCACUCUUCUCGAUGACCCUGAGACCAAAACCUACGUCGAGACGCAGGUCUCAACCGGUGGAUCUUCCUUUGCCAGGGAUUUCUCCGACUCCAUGAUCAAGCUUGGCUUCACCCAAGUUCUUACCGGCAAGGCCGGUGAGAUCAGGAAGAAAUGUGCUUUCGUUAACUAAGUAUGUUCCGAUCCAUAAAUGUGUGUAUUUUCUCGAGGAUUUCCGAUUUGGAUCUCAUAAUCGUUGGUUUGAACUCUGAUGAAGUUGUUCUUGUUUGCUUUCGACAUGUUUUUUUUUGUCUCUGAGGAAUAAGACAGAACUGUAAUCUCUGGGCGGUCUG